AUGAUACUGCUACCAAGUUUCCGAUGCGUUUUCCGAUGCUAUGCGCUUGUGUUAUUUUCAACUCCUGGGCGGUGCAGACUGAUGUUUCCUUGUUUCCAAUGCUCUUCUCCAUGCCAUGUACUAUACGUGGCACCCCAGCUUCAAUUGCUGGGCGCUGCAGACUGUAUCGGGUUUCAACACCCGUUUUUCGGGUCUCAUCAUAUCGCGCUCUGUUUUGUGCUGUGUAGAUUUAGGCUUGCACUCGUCAAAUGAUCGCUGUUCAUUCUUAUUUUCCAUCAUGAGAACUCGAGGACUGGCUCGGUAUCCUUCAAUGCUGAAGCGGACAGGCAUGGCAGCAUUGUCGAUGAUCGUCGAGACAGCAUGCAGCCUGGGGGAGUAAGUCAUGCAUAUGAAAGUCUGGGAGACCGUGGUUGAUUUAUAACAGACAAACCAUGCAGGAGGCAAUCACAGCAUUGCAUCAUUGUCUCGUGGUUGAACAUAACUUUAUUGUCUUGACGAAGGGGAAGAUAUCGGACAGAAAACCAAGAUGACAGGAAAUGAUACGGAUGUAUCAAGUAAUUGACAGCAACGUGGAGCGUAUGUAUGUUGUGGACAUGACAAGGCAGCACCUGAAUAAGUUGAAGUCGGAUGGGAAGAGUAGGCAAUAGAGGCUAGAUAUGAGCAAUCGCGAAGAUGAGAAGCAUUUUCAUAACAAG